CAAACAAUCGCCGUCUGGGGCAAGUCACUGCAUUGGUUAAAACGGGUCACGCCGCUCUUCCUUGGUUACCUACUAGGUAGGCUACUAGGCAGCCUGGUUGCUAAGGAUGGACUCCAAGCGAGACAAAGAACAAGAUGCAGACUUUGAGAAGAUAACCGCUUUGCUGCUUAAGUCACGCACAGGCGAAUUUGAUCUGGAGUCGAUUUUGUUUCUCAAAUGUAGAGGUCUUGGAAUAUAUGAUCUCGGAUGUAUUGGGGAGUGCAUAAAUUUGGAAAGAUUGGACCUUUCUGGAAAUAACAUCACCAGUUUAGCUCCUCUUGCAUCUCUGCGACUGCUAGCUGUACUCAAUUUGUCUGCCAAUAGAAUUUCUACUUUGGAACCCCUCUCCGGUUGUGACAGUUUACAAAGUUUAAAUGUGGCUGGUAAUAACAUAUCCAGUAUUGAAAACAUCCACUGUCUUCAAUCUUUGAGAAAGCUUGAGAAUAUACGACUUAAAGACAACACAUAUAAUUAUACCAACCCAGUUUGCAGGAGUGCAUCCUAUAGAAAUAUACUUUUAGAGAUGUUCCCUCAUAUCAAGGUGCUGGACGGUGAAAGAGUGGUUGGACGCGGGAGUGACUUGUACCAACUUUGCAAAGACAUUGAUGAUACCAUCAAAGCUGGUUUAUACAAGAACGGGCAACUUCCUGAACAUCCUGAUUGCAAGCCAUGGGUGGAUGAUAGCUAUUGGGAGAUUAAGAGGACAAACAACGCAAUUAUUGAAGAAGCUUACAAGCAGUUCAGUGAUGUUCUUCAUGAAUGCAGACUCCUCAACAACAGAGCAACACAUAUGAUUUCACAAACUGAAAGAUCUCUAAGUCUGAAGAAGCAACCAAAGCAGUAUGCUGUCUGAAAUGGGCUAUUUGGAAACAUUUGUGUGUGGCAUUUCUUUUUGUGAUAUCCAGACAAUACGAUAUGCUCGAUGUACUGUAGAAUUUCUUAAAACUGCUAUGCUAUAUCCAAAUGCUUGACUGAGCAUCAUUGCUAGACACUCACAUGCUCAGUGUUGCAUAGUGAGACAUCUAUAGAAGUUACCUUUCUGUCCUACUAUGCAUUAGGCUUUGGGAAAGAUACAACUGUGGUUUCCAGCCUUUAUCCAUAGUGACAUCCCUCAGGCUGCUUUAAAGAUGUGUUUACUUGAACAGUGUACAUCCUGCACUGCGCUGUAGCCUGCAUAUAUAUGCUGACAGCUAUGCUGCUUUAAAUUUUUUAUAAGUUUUCAGUAAUUUUUAAAUUUUCCAUUUUGCAUUGCUGGAUUAUUUUGGGAAUUUAUCUACUGUAAACUUUGCUUUGGAAGCUGAACUUUUUUGCAAAGAGCGAUUGAAGAUUUGUCUUAGUUGUUUUUACUUGUUUUCUAUCAUAAAGCUUAUUGCUGGUAUUGCCAUCAGCACGUGGAAAAUACAGUGCUCAUGAGAUGUACUAUAUUUAAGUUCGUAUAUAUUAAAUCUUACACCAUUUGUGCAGUAUAUUUUGGGAGAACUGGAUACAACCUCCACUCCAGUGGUAUUGAGAUCAGCCAAGCCAGCUGGUGUAUUAAAGACUCGAUCACUGUGCAAAUAAGUGAUGGAACAAAAUCUGUAAUUUUCAG